GAUAAGAACUCUGCAACCUUCUUCAACACAUCAGUAGGACACGAUGCGUUUCAGAGCACAAUUAAAAAAUACAAAGACAUUUUCCAUGAUCUAGAAUUAACUGCUUCGCUCUCGUCUCUGGGCAAGAUAUGUUGGAUGCGCCUCGAACAAGACGUGGUGCGCUUCACCGUCAUCCCGGACCAAGGCACCCAAGUAUGGGCACAGAUCCCGGUUGACACAAUAUUUGAUGAAUCUACAUACGAAUUAGAGUCCAACUCAGAUGCCAUCAACAUCGAAAUCAAUAUGAGUGUCUUGAACCGUGCCCUCCGCUCCGCAUUUGGAGCCUCAUCAGCUCAAUUGCGCUUAACUAAGAAAGAUAAAAUGCCCCUUCUCGCUCUAACAGUGCUUGCAACUGAAUGGACAGAAGGCAAUAUGGCCCUUGCUACCGACACUCAACGAGACCCAACCACGAGCGAUGUGGUUGGGGAUCGCAGGGCUAGAGAGCGCGAAACAUGGAUUACCCAAGAGAUCCCCAUCAAAAUUCUUCAUGAAUCCAGCGUGGAGGGUCUGCACGAGCCACAUUGUCCCGAUCCAGAGGUACACAUUAUUCUGCCAGGUUUAGCACAGUUGAAGAGUAUUUCCGACCGAUUUACGAAGCUAGCCUCUUCAGAUACAAAGAGCCGAGAACCCAAUGCUGUGGCUGUGGCUGCAAAUUCGCACACAUCCUUCAAUGCCUCCAGCACUAGCACCAAUUCAUCACCUAAAUUGGAACUAUCAGCCAAUAUGCAUGGGAAGCUACGAUUGGCAAUCGCCACUGAUGAAUUGCGCAUAGCUAGUGUUUGGUCUGGUCUUGUUAAUCCGCCCUUAGACCCCGCGCACAUCAGACAGGACCAGUACUCGCAACUUCCCAGUGAGCGAAUGCGAGAGGCAGGUGAAGAUGAUGAGUCUGGCUGGGCCAAAGUGCGCAUUGAUGGUAAAGAUUGGAGUCGCGUAUUGAGUGUUGGCAGACUAAGUCCAAAGGUAGUUGCUUGUUUUAUCAAUGAGAUGGCACUUGUGCUAUACGUCUACCUGCCGGGUAGCUGGAAUGGCGAAGAAUCAUGUCUAACGUACUACAUCAAUUCAUUUACAACUUGA